AUGUCGAAAAAAGGUGCAAAAACCACGGGUAACAACAAGGCGCUUGUUAUCGCUCGGUUAUCACGCGAUCGUGCGUUAAAAUCGAUAAAAGAAAUAUACGCGAUCGCGGAAAGGGCGAAAAGUGACCCAUCACUAACGCCUGAAUUAGAAAUUCGUUCUCGACAAUUAGAUUCCCUUGCUAUGCAAUUUCGAUUACACCAAGAUGCUGUAAUUGAAGCUUCGGUUGACCGAGAUUUGAUCGAAGAAUUCGAAUGUAUUGAUUCUCCAGUUACUGACGCAAUUCGUAUUUUGUUAGAUAGUGGCUCGCAGGUGUCGGCAAUAACCACUCGUUGUGCAUCUCGGCUUGGUCUCACCAGACGCAAAUGCUUACGUAGUAUUAGGGGCCUUGGAAAAAACCCUGUCACUGAAGUAAAUGGAGAAACGAGUUGUUAUCUUUUACCGCGACAACAAUUGGAACCGUCCUUUUGUUGCAACGAUGUCAUAAUACUACAGCAAAUAACAACGACCAUGCCUACAUCACCGUUGCCGUCCGCCGUCCGCGAGUGCUAUAAACAUCUAUUGUUAGCUGAUCCCACAUUCGAUACACCCGCGCCGAUAGACAUGUUAAUAGGCGGUGACUUAUUCCCACACGUAAUGCGGCCUCGUGGCGGCAUCAUACACCACAACGGUUUGCCGUCCGCGAUAAACACACAUUUUGGCUGGAUAGUAUGCGGUUCAUUGCAAGAACAAAGUACCUCACCUGUUCAUUCUUUAUCAGUGGCAUCAGUAAAAUUAGAUGACCUUAUGCGCUCCUUUUGGGCUAUAGAGGAAGCCGCAACACCAAUUGAGUCGAUAACGGAAGAACAACGAUGUGAAGAGUGGUUUUCAAAAACAACUACGCGAGCAAAUGAUGGUCGGUUUUGUGUAGCACUUCCAUUUCGCGAUUCCGUUUGUCUUCCUAAUAGUGUCAACCAGCCAUUUGACACAGUGCCGCCGUAUCACGGCCUCGGUAAUUCACGCGCGGUAGCUCUAAAGCGAUUUUAUAAUUUAGAAAUGCGUUUGAUUAAAGACCCUGCGUUGUACGCCGAAUAUCGUGCUUUUAUGGCCGAGUACGCCGCCCUUGGUCAUAUGAGACCGGCUACUCAGUCUGGUUAUUAUUACAUACCGCAUCACGCCGUAGUGAAACGCGAUGGAGAAAAUAUUGAUAAAUUACGUGUGGUGUUUGAUGCGAGUGCCGCCACAUCAACCGGGUUUUCACUGAACGACGUAUUAUUAGCGGGUCCUAAACUCCAAAACGAUAUUUUUGACAUUCUCCAAAAGUGUAGGCUUAAGCGCUAUAUGUUGACCGCCGAUAUCACAAAAAUGUAUCGCCAGGUACUAGUGCGUGACUCAGACCGCCGGUAUCAGUAUAUUUUAUGGCGGGACUCAGUUGAGUCCGAGAUUGUCGAAUAUGAGCUAUGUACAGUUACGUACGGAGUUACGUCCGCUCCAUACCUCGCCAUUAAAUGCUUAAACGAGUUGGAUGCUCAAAAUGGGUCCGAUUUUCCUGCUGCUAAGGGUGUAUUGACCAAAUCCACUUACGUCGACGAUAUUGUAGCCGGCGCUGACACCGUUGAGGAAUUGUUAAUAAUUCAAAGCGACUUGAUAGGACUUUUAAAGACGUGUGGCUGCUCUCUCAAAAAGUGGACGAGUAAUUCGCCUCAAGCACUUCGACAAGUAGACUGUGCUGAUCACUCAACGCUGUUGUUUUUAGACCCAAAAAAUGAUUCGGCCGUAAAAGUGUUAGGUAUGCAUUGGGACCCUACUUCGGAUAUGUUUGCCUAUCAUACUAAUAUUAAAUCUGAUCGUCCUUUCACAAAACGCAAGGUACUCUCUACAAUCGCCAGACUUUUCGACCCUAUAGGCACGCUUGGACCUAUACUCUUAUGGGCAAAGGCCUUUAUGCAAAGGUUAUGGCAAGCGAGUCUUGAAUGGGACAGCAAUUUACCAGAGGACUUAGAUAAGUUAUGGGGUCAAUUUGUAAAAGAGUUGCCGUCAAUCGAUAAAAUAAUGUUGCCUCGACAUAUCGACAUGCGCGUGUAUUCGAAAAUUGAAUUAGUAGGAUUUUCCGAUGCCUCGCUACGUGGCUACGCGGCCGUUGUAUAUUUGCGGGUGGUAGACAUUUCCGGUCAUGCCACGGUGAAUUUCGUCACCUGUAAGACCAAAGUAGCACCAAUCAAAACCACUAAAUGUCAAACUACAGUGCCGCGCCUCGAACUCUGUGCUGCUCUAUUACUCGCUACUACAUUAAAUCGCGUAAAAACCUGUCUAGACAUUGAUAUUUCAAAUAUUUAUGCGUGGACCGACUCUACGGUAGUGUUGUCGUGGUUAACGGUCAGCCAAAAAUCAUUUAAAGUAUUUGUAACGAACAGAAUCGCAAAAAUACAACAAUUAUUACCGGAUUGUAAAUGGUCUUAUAUCAAUACAACCGAUAACCCGGCGGACCCGGCAUCGCGUGGUUUAUUACCCCAUGAAAUGGUCUUGUGUGACAUUCACCGAGAGGGUCCGACGUUUUUACGAUUACCUGCUGAACAAUGGCCGCGACAUAAGUGUGACCUAUUAAAGCCGGAACAAUUACCAGAUUAUCAACAAAGGGCCAUGAAAAGGCCAACGUUGAUGCUUCGCGUUCCGGAUCUCAUAACUAAGGUACUCAUCAAGGAUUUCUCGCAUUUCACCGACCGCGGUAUGGCUGUGGACAUCGAUGCUACUCCUCUGUCAAACCAUGUGUUCGCGACGAAAGAACAGAAAUGGAAAAUCAUGAGAAGCAAAUUAAGCCCAAUUUUCACAUCUUCCCAGCUGAAAAACAUGCAUGAUCAGAUAAAAGAAUGUAUUGACCAAUUGAUGAAAAAUUUGGCAAUGAACUUAAUUCAAUCGGACGUGUUAGAAGUGCGCGACAUCAUGGGCGACUAUUCCACGGUCGUAAUCGGUACUUGCGCUUUCGGUCUGCAGUUGAACGCCAUCGUUGAUAAAGACUCACCUUUCCGGAAAGCCGGACAUGCCGUGUUCGCGUCGACAUACAGAUUUGUCAUUGGAGAUAUACUCACGUAUAUUUCACCGUCACUUAGGAAAAUGUUGAAAAUUAGCGACUUUCCUCCAGCGGCGUCAGACUUUUUCAAAUCUUCGUUUAACCAAACGAUGGACUACCGAACAAAAAACAAUAUCGUGAGAAACGACCUGGUGCAGGCUUUGAUGCAGGCUAGACAAGAUUUAAUCGUCAACAAACUGGAACCAUCAGGUAAUCGUUGA